AUGGGUAAGACGAUUCAGGUGUAUGGAUUUCCCACUCACGUGUCUGCAGCAAUGGUUCAAAAAUUUCUAGAGGAUUAUACAGGAAAAGGAACUGUGUAUGCUUUAGAGGUUAAGGUUUCCAAUGAAAGGAAUAGAGCAUAUGCUAAAGUACAGUUUACCAAUAGGAGAAGUGCUGAGGAUAUCAUCUCAUUGGCAAAUCGGCGGCGGCUCUGGUAUGGGUCCUCUUAUUUAAAAGCUAGGGAAAUGGACUCUGACAUCAUAUCAAAUUCUCGGACCUAUGUGCAUUGCAUGGAACAGGUAAGCCUACAUUUUGGGUGUCAGACGUCAAGGGAGAAUUUUUCAGUUCUCUGGAAAAAGGCAAAUGUUUCUGUAAAAUUUGGGAUUGGAUUGAAAAAAAUGUACUUCUUCCUAUCCCACCUUUUUGUUGGUUACAAGCUUGUGCUAUCCUACGAAAACAUCUGGCAAGUUGAGCUACAUUGUCCACGUGGUCAAACUGCAAAGUUUCUCCUCAUUCAGAAAGGCUACGUUACAAUUUACAUGCUUCUUGUGGAAAUUGGUGACUGCAAGGUUUAUAUGGGCUUAGUAACCUUUGCUGAAUUAUAUGGUGCUCCUCGGAUCUAUGAGCAAGUUGAAGAUUCCCUUCAUAGCUAUUUCAAGGAAACCCCUGAUGAUCAAUGGGUCAGGACAACUGAUUUCACUCAAUCAUUCUGCAUCGGGCAAUCUUCUGGUUUAUGUCUGGAGAUUCCUUACAGAAUUCAGCUUCCAAAUUUCCACGAAAACUUUCCUUACUAUAAAGAAAGUGCAAGCCAAUUUACAUUGGUGAACGGUUACACAUUUUCUAACAAUUCGGAUCUAGUCCCCAUUGUGGGUCCUCCAGGUGGACUUGAGUUGCCAUAUAAAAUAUUAUUCAAGAUUUGUUCCCUGGUUCAACAUGGGUGUCUUCCAGGACCAGCACUUGAUAUCAAUUUUUUCCGUUUGGUUGAUCCACAGAGAAUGGAUAUUGGAUGUAUUGAACAUGCCCUAGAGAAACUGUAUCUUUUGAAGGAGUGCUGCUAUGACCCUGUAAGGUGGAUUAAUCAGGAAUACCAAAAAUACCACACUUCUAGGAGACUUCGUAAAACGCCUGAUGUUGCUUUAGAUGAUGGGUUGUUAUAUGGUGCUCCUCGGAUCUAUGAGCAAGUUGAAGAUUCCCUUCAUAGCUAUUUCAAGGAAACCCCUGAUGAUCAAUGGGUCAGGACAACUGAUUUCACUCAAUCAUUCUGCAUCGGGCAAUCUUCUGGUUUAUGUCUGGAGAUUCCUUACAGAAUUCAGCUUCCAAAUUUCCACGAAAACUUUCCUUACUAUAAAGAAAGUGCAAGCCAAUUUACAUUGGUGAACGGUUACACAUUUUCUAACAAUUCGGAUCUAGUCCCCAUUGUGGGUCCUCCAGGUGGACUUGAGUUGCCAUAUAAAAUAUUAUUCAAGAUUUGUUCCCUGGUUCAACAUGGGUGUCUUCCAGGACCAGCACUUGAUAUCAAUUUUUUCCGUUUGGUUGAUCCACAGAGAAUGGAUAUUGGAUGUAUUGAACAUGCCCUAGAGAAACUGUAUCUUUUGAAGGAGUGCUGCUAUGACCCUGUAAGGUGGAUUAAUCAGGAAUACCAAAAAUACCACACUUCUAGGAGACUUCGUAAAACGCCUGAUGUUGCUUUAGAUGAUGGGUUGGUAUAUGUACGUAGGGUUCAAAUAACCCCAUGCAAAGUGUACUUUUGCGGUCCAGAGGUUAAUGUGUCUAAUCGCGUAUUACGCAAUUAUUCUGCAUAUAUUGAUAAUUUCCUUCGUGUUUCUUUUAUUGAUGAGGAGUGGGAUAAAAUGCAUUCCAUGGACUUAUCUCCCCGUACAGCUUCUGCAAAUGAGGACAGAAGAACCGCUGUUUAUAAGAGGAUACUGUCAAUUCUUAGAAAGGGCAUAGUUAUUGGUAGUCAGAAAUUUGAGUUUCUUGCCUUUUCAUCAAGUCAGCUACAGGAUAAUUCUGCUUGGAUGUUUGCUUCAAGACCUGGGCUUACUGCAGAUGGUAUUAGAACGUGGAUGGGUGAUUUUCAUCAAAUUAGAAACGUGGCGAAAUAUGCUGCCAGACUUGGUCAGUCAUUUGGUUCCUCCACAGAAACUUUGAAUGUUGCUAGCCAUGAAAUUGAAAUUAUUCCUGACGUUGAGGUUGUAAGAGGUGGAGUCAGAUAUGUUUUCUCUGAUGGAAUUGGGAAAAUAUCUGCUGACUUUGCUUGCAGAGUUGCUAUAAAAUGUGGCCUUAAUAGUUCUACUCCAUCUGCCUUUCAGAUCCGGUAUGGUGGAUACAAAGGUGUUGUGGCUGUUGAUCCCAUUUCAUCAAUGAAGUUGUCACUGAGAAAGAGCAUGUCCAAGUAUGAAUCAGAAAACACAAAAUUAGAUGUUCUGGCAUGGAGCAAGUAUCAACCUUGUUUUAUGAAUCGUCAAAUAAUCACUCUUUUGUCUACUCUUGGGGUCAAAGAUCAUGUCUUUGAAAAGAUGCAAAGAGAAGCAGUGAAUCAACUGAACACCAUAUUAACAGAUCCUCUAAGGGCAAAGGAGGCGCUAGAUUUGAUGUCUCCAGGAGAGAACAGUAAAAUUCUCAAGGAAAUGCUUCUGUGUGGUUAUAAGCCUGAUGCGGAACCAUUCCUCUCAAUGAUGCUGCAAACAUUUCGGGCAUCAAAAUUGCUGGACUUGCGGACUAGGACAAGAAUUUUUGUUCCUCGUGCAAGGUCAAUGAUGGGAUGUCUAGAUGAAACUGGAAUCUUAGAGUAUGGGCAGGUAUUUGUGCAACUUUCCGGCACUGGAGGUAGGCUGUUUGAUGAUGUUUCCCUUAAGUACAAUGACAGUGUCUUGGACCAGUGUAAUUUCAUAGUUGAGGGCAAGGUAGUUGUUGCGAAAAACCCGUGCUUGCAUCCUGGUGAUGUGCGUGUUUUAAGGGCUGUUGAUGUGCCAGCAUUGCACCAUAUGGUGGAUUGCAUUGUUUUUCCACAGAAAGGAAAGAGACCUCAUCCAAAUGAAUGCUCUGGAAGCGACUUGGAUGGUGACAUUUACUUUGUCUGUUGGGACUCCGGUCUGAUUCCACCCCGGCAAUUCCAACCUAUGGAUUAUACCCCAGCACCACCUAUGCUGUUGGAUCAUGAAGUUACAAUUGAGGAAGUCGAGGAGUUUUUUACCAACUAUAUACUCAAUGACAGUUUAGGAAUUAUUUCAAAUGCCCACACAGUACUUGCUGAUAGGGAACCUUCCAAGGCAAUGAGUGGUCCUUGUUUAGAGCUUUCGAGGCUGUUUUCAAUUGCAGUUGACUUCCCAAAAACGGGAGUUCCGGCUGAGAUACCCCCUCAUCUGCGUGUGAAAGAGUACCCAGAUUUCAUGGAAAAGCCUGACAAAACCACCUACAUAUCAGAACGCGUGAUUGGAAAGCUUUUCCGAGAGGUAAAAGACAUUGCACCAGAAACAAGCUCUAUUAGAACCUUCACAAGGGAAGUGGCGAGACGGUCAUAUGAUCCUGACAUGGAAGUAGAUGGUUUCAAGGAUUACAUUGAUGAUGCUUUUGAAUAUAAAACUGAGUAUGAUUACAAGUUGGGAAACAUGAUGGAUUACUAUGGCAUAAAAACCGAAUCUGAAAUACUGAGCAGGGGAAUUAUGAAAAUGUCAAAAUCUUUCAACCGGAAAAGGGAUGCAGAAGUAAUUGGUUUGGCUGUAAGGUCCUUAAGGAAGGAAGCCAGGACCUGGUUCAAGAAGAAAGGGAGUGACUCAGAUGCUGGAGCUGAUGACAUUUAUGCAAAAGCAUCGGCUUGGUAUUAUGUAACAUAUCAUCCUACGUAUUGGGGUUGCUACAAUGAGGGAAUGGAUCGGGAUCAUUUCCUUAGUUUUCCAUGGUGUGUCUACGACAAGCUCAUCGAGAUCAAAAAGGAUAAAUCAAGUGUCAGAAGGACUCCCCAUAUGUCUUUGCUUGAACGGCAGUUUGAUUAUGGGUUGAGUCUGAGUUGA